UCCGCUUCCACUGACGGAAGUGCAAGCAAAAUGUCUGCUCUGCGCGGUUCACAGUAGCAAAUGAGACCGGGCAGACAAAAAUCUUGCGACUGGCUGGAAUUGACUGAAAGAUCACUAGUUCUCAAAGUGAUACCUUUGAGUAAGAACACAGAUUGAACAUUGGCUUCGCGUGCAAUGUCCGAAACUGUCCCGAAUCGGCCUUCAGAUUGUCUUCUUCAUUCUGAUCAGCUGUUCCAAGUGUUAGGGGGAGACGCCAUGCAGAUUCUUCGAUGUGGAAUUUGCAUGGAAUUUUUUGACGUGCCAAUAGUGUUACCUUGUGGACAUACUUUCUGCCUUCAAUGCCUGACAGAAAUGUGCAAACAUGCCAGCCGUAACUGUGUUCUGAGUCCUCUCAAAGACCUCAGGAUUGGUUGCCCCAACUGUCGAGUCCUCAUCUACGCCUCGCCGAUAUUGGAACGAAAUGUCACGUGUAAUUUCAUCAUCCAAUCAUUUCUCGAAUGCCUCAGAUCGAGGGAAGGUGGGAAGAGACUUAACGCAGGCGUCAACACGGACGAGGUGAGGGUGGGGCCCAAGAUACGAACCGUCAGCGACAUUGAGGUGGAGAAAGUCAUUAAAGAGGUGGACCGACUAACGGACUCGCUGGGCAAAAGAAAUGUUCUCGACAACGCAUAUUUUGAAGUCGAUGAGAUCAGAAGGCAGCAUUUGGCUGAAGAGGCCAAAAGACUAGAGGAAGAAGAGCAUCAACAGAGGCAGAAACAUUGGAACUCGAGAAGUAUUCCACCAGCGAUGCCAACGCAGCUACGUGUUCAGCAACAUCCGCAGCAGCAGCUGCCACCAUUUGUUCAACCGCAACAACAUCCUCGCCCGAGGCCCUUCUGCUGGGACGCCAUAAACAGCCAAACUUUGACCUUGACUCCACACUCACCUUUCUAUUUCCCGAGCAGCUUCCAACAACCAGCGCCGCCGUAUCCUACCCAACCACAACUGCAGCCACAGCAGCAACAACCGCAACCGUUCCCCCAACAACAGAAUCAGAACCAGCAACAAUUCCAACUACCAAACAUUUCCCGAAUUUCCAAAAUGGCGACUGUUCUUCCGUUACAGCGAUGCCCGGAUUUCAGCCACUUUUCGAGCUCCGUUGGCCAAUUAGAUAUCCACGGAAGCCAUCCAUCUCGCCUGGAUAACGAUCCGGCCGUUAUGUCUUACUCUUAUAAGGCGGCCGUAAACUCGAGUGGCAACAAGUAGACACCACGGAAUCCCAAAACAAACAUCAUAUGAAUUGAGAAUAUGAAGAACAAAAACAAAAGCUUCUACUGGAGUUUUGUCUGAAACAAUCUCAAUCAUUAGUGAGUGACCACAACAUAGUAUUUAAUGUUUAGCAUGUGAUAGGAAAGAGUCAUUUGUUUGAAAUCUUGCACAGUAUAUAAGGUAACAUCACUCCGCAAUAUUCAUUCUAUCAGAAAUAUGAUAUAUCUUGCAAUAAAAGUAAAUAAAUAAACAAGAUACUAAAAAAGUGAUCCCGAGAAAAGCUGAACGAAACAAAAACUAUAAUGUCUUAGCUCUUCCUUUAAACUCGGAACCAACAACUAAAUGAAGGCUUCUAGGAAUUGUGGGAUGAGGCUCGCCAUCUUUAAUACUGACUUAGUGUGUUGGGAUUCAUUUUUUUUUAACUUUUUUUUGGUUUUCUUAACUCAACGACUGGAUUGAUUUGACUAACAUUAAGUAGAUUUGUUUUUAAUGUUAAAUCUCUAUUUUGGAACUAUUUUACUAGAUGUAUGUAUUUGAUUAUCUUCUGUAAAUGUACAAUAUAUAUAUAUACAUAGUACACACUCCACAAGUUUAACACCGCAGAAUAUGCAGGCGGUGUGGACAAUAAAGUUUACAAUGUGCAAAACUAAAUAA